CUCGAUCUCUACUCUAUCUCCAGCCCCAAGAGGCGAAACAGAGGCAUUCCAGGGACUGUCCCGUCCGGAUAAGCUUAAUUGCUCGCCGUGAGACCGCCACAAACUCUUUUUGCCUCUUGCUGGCGGGCGGUGGAGCAGCCGGUCGACUGACAAGGAGAAAUCCCCGCAUCUAGCGGCCCGGGCCUUAGAUUCAGCUCUCCAGCUCUGCUAAUCGGACGCUAGAUCGCCUGUAGCUUCACUGGCAAUAGCGCUGGCCACCCGCUAUACGCGAACAGCGGGCCAUGAUGUCAAAAGGAAAACACCGGGAGGCGUCAACCUCGAUUUUCUUCCCAAACACCCUCAGCCUUGCCCAUCGUUCGCCAAUCGAUACGUCCGGCUACAUUCCCCAGAGAGCGGGGCAGCGCCUUCAGCGCCAAGAACAGACGACUACGCAGCGAGACCAGCCCAACCAAUCGCUAUAUCCCAUCCGUCGCGCCCACAAUGGCCAACCGCUGGCCAUUCGGACAAGCGACAUGCAGUCGAUCGCCCGGGACCGAGACGUGAUACCCCGGACGGCCGCCUCUCCCAUGGCUCAGCUUCAUGCCUUAUCCAGAAUCCCAUCGCCGUUACCAUCCCCGCAUAUCGCCAGUCCCAUGCCGAUACUCUCCCCACCAAGACGCACCGCUCCCGCUCAAAUUCUUAGCGAUGUUACGCAGUUUCACCAAACAUGGGCCGACAUGCAUCAGAGGAGGGAUGAGAGGUUGAUCAAUUCUUUUGACUGGGAUGGGCCAGUCUUGACAAUCCAAGGUCUGCCGCUCGUGAAUCGGCAGCAGAUGAUAUCGGGCAACAACAACGUCUCGAGCAUGGGCACCCAUGAAUCUAGCGACAUACAACUUCUUGCAGAUUCAUGGAUCGAUGAUAUCAGCGAAUUUUCCCAGCAAACCUCCACAGUUUCAGGGCUAUUCACCGAGAGCGAUCAACACAACAUGCACGACUACUUAGACAAUGGAUUGCACCCCUCUCAAGAUGGCGAUGGGAGAUAUACCGCAAGUCAGGCUCCAAGCCCCCAAGAGUACCAAGCUUCCUUCAAUUGUGACGAACACCCAUAUCUUGAUGUGAGACUCGGGCUAGACCAGAUGGUUGCAAAUCUCGACGCACUAUACCAGCGGCCCAACAUGGGGCGGGAUAUCAGUGGCUAUGGGCGUAGUAUACUCGGUGUCUCAGACGAAAAUCCGCAGACGCCUCUGGGCUAUGAUGCAAAUGCUGAUAUAAUGCAAGAACACCACUCAGGAAUGCACGGUGGAUCCUCAUUCAUCUGUCCCUAUGCAAUGCGGUAUCCAGACCUUGUACAUCAUAACUGCUUUCAAAAGAUCAACACAAUCCCAUACCUGAAACAGCAUCUGAGAAGCGUACACCACGAUGCAAUGAACUGUCCUCAUCAGUGUCAGAAGAGAAAAGCAGAGGCACCGUAUCGGCGAACUCGGUCGAACAGCGCUCUUCACUACGAAUCGGAUACGUGUCUCCAGAUCAAACAACGUAGCGACCGAUCAAAAUCACACAUACAACAAUGGGAUCGCAUCUAUCAAAUCCUAUUUCCCCAAGCGAGCCGCAUCAUAGAUCCCUGCAUCCAGGACUGGACUAUCAAGCAGCUAAGGAUCAUUUACAAAUUCAAAGAAAGGCAUGGCCCUGAAUGUCUGGCCCCCGUUUAUUAUCAGUUACACUUCAAAAUUAGGCAAGCUUAUCCAGACCCGGAAGUCUUGUACCGAAUGGCAUUCUGCACAUGGUUGCCGCAGGUCUUUGAACACCGAUUUCCUACGCGAGGGCAGAAACUGCUGGGCGAUUUUCUAAAGCAAAUAAAAUCUGCGCAACGUCGCAAUUCCCACGUUCUCGAUACCACUCCCAUAUUUAUCAAUGGAGAGACGUCGGAAUCAGUCCUACCCAGACACCAGAUAGAGCGACAAGACUCUUCUCGUGCAUCAGUACUGUCACAUAUUGAGACUGUCUCUCAUCAAAUGAACUAUGCUACCAUGUUCACGCCCUAUGCAAUACAGCAGCAACAGAGCCUAAUACAGCCCCGGGCGGGCAAUGCUUUAUUCGAAUCUCAGCAUAGCUACUCCCAACACUCCAUGCCUCAUUACCUCUCUGCCUUUGAGUCUCAAACAGAUAUUGAUUAUCUUGAGCCGACACCAAAUAUCCAGGACCUGGGAUAUGAUUCUUUUGACUCCAAGAACUUUUUGUUCGAUCAGUGCAGUCCCAUACCCGGCAGCCCUUCUCAGUUCUUGACAGAUGUAGACGUCGCCAUGGAUAUGGAAGACAUGAACAUUUCUUAAACGAACAAUGGAGCACUCGAGUAUCAUUCAGCGCAUCAAUUCCAGCAAUUCGAUAUAAAGACUGCCCACCCUUUUUUUUUAACUAUAGUUUUGUUUCUUGUUUCUCUCUCUCUUUCUUUUCUCAGACUGCUUUUUGUUCAACGCCCCCGUCCCCAAAAUUUUGACCUUGUUUCUCUUUCUCACAUCAUUUUAUUCACUGUUUUGGUUAUAUGGUAAUCGGCUUGGGAUUUACAUACCGAGGACGCUGCGCUGGUGUAGGGUUUCUCACCAGCGGCGUGUGAAUGGAGGAAUGGCUGGUUGCAUCGGCUCGGUUUAUUUACUAUUACUAUUAUGAUUCCCUAUAUCAGUUAGGCGGCGAUUUGGUUGAACAGUCUUACACGGCAGCGGCGUACGUUCAGUUUAUGGCACGGAUGGCAUUUUGAAAUAUGAGCUACGAAUGCUAGGAAUGAAAUCAUCUGCUUUUGUUUAUGACCUCUCUCUUUUCUUGAUUGGGCAGAG